GAGUAACUCGAACACCCUUCAUCGGCGUAGUAAGCGAUAAACAAAUGGCUCCUCUCGUUGUCAUACUUCAUGCGCUCGUGUCUACAGUGUAAGCUUCCACUACAAUCGGUCAAGAGACGGCACCACAGUUCACGUGUUGGGUUUUCUGUCCUUGAAGGAGAAAUCAUUGUGGCACCAUGGGUGUGUUGUCCACGCUGAUGAGGGGUCUGGUAAGAGGUGCGGACAGAAUGGCUGAGUUCACCAGUAAACGUGGAUCCAGGACUCAUAAUAAGGGAAGGGGAUCAAGACCCACUGGACUGAGGCUUCCCAGCAGAAAGUUUCUGCCCAUAAAGACCAUGGUUCCGGAGUUUGUCGUGCCUAACUUGGAGGGAUUCAAACUCAAACCCUACGUAUCAUAUCGCUCCCCUAGAGGAACAGAGGCGCCUCUUACAGCCCAAAGCCUGUUUGCUGAAGUUGUGGCCCCUCAGAUCAAGAAAGACUUUGAAGAGGGUACUUUCAACGAAAAGCAGCUGGAGAAAUAUGGAUUUGAACCAACGCAGGAGGGGAAGCUCUUCAAGCUGUAUCCCAAGAACUAUGUGCGUUAAAGAAUGUACAAUGUUAUGUAUUUACAAACAGAGGUAUGGAAUGCUGAUUAAUUGCAGAUAGAAAGCUACAGAGCAACUGAUGUAACACUUCAAGUAAAUCUGUCACAAACUGGAAGGUAUAUUUAGUUGAAGAAAAAAAAUCCUGGACUCUUUUGCUUCUUGAAUAAAACUUAAGUGGAUAUGAUCUCCGUGCGCUGAUCGUUGAGAUCAGAUGAACAGUCUCAGCAAUCCAGAUGUACACAUCAGAACGGCCCACUAAAAAUUAGACAACUAUAAUACAUACUGAGAUGACUUUCCAGAGGCUACUGAUGUUAUUCUUCACAUUCUCUGAUGCAGUGGAUUCCAGGUUAAUUACCAUAUAAUGAUUCAUUUUGCUCUAAACCUCUAAGAAUUUUUCACCUGUGUACAAAUUGGUAUGAACAGUGAACAUAGUACUUGUCAUUGUAACUUUGUUUGUCAGAAAUGAUGUAUAUAUAUAAUGGGCAAUAAAAAAAAACUGCUUCUACCAA